CAUCCCAGCAUGCAAUGCGCUAACGAGGCCACGAAGAUUGUUUUUGUCCCGCCGAAACCGAGCAAAGCACGCUGGAACUUGUAGUCCUUGAGGCCCUUUCCUUAGGUCCUUCAAGCUACUCCGUCCGGCCCCGCCUAUUCUCUGCUCUCCUGAACCUUUAGGCUCAUCUCGGCCCAUUUGAAGACCAGGAAGUUGAUCAAUCCCGAGGCUGCUGAGAGACGGUGGCGCGAGUGGGACAGUCGCCAGGGAUGGCUGAGCGUGAGGAUGCAGCGGGUGUCCGGGCUGCUCUCCUGGACGCUGAGCAGAGUCCUGUGGCUCUCGGGCCUCUCUGAGCCGGGAGCUGCCCGGCAGCCCCGGAUCAUGGAAGAGAAAGCGCUAGAGGUUUAUGAUUUGAUUAGAACUAUCCGGGACCCAGAAAAGCCCAAUACUUUAGAAGAACUGGAAGUGGUCUCGGAAAGUUGUGUGGAAGUUCAGGAGAUAAAUGAAGAAGAAUAUCUGGUUAUUAUCAGGUUCACGCCAACAGUACCUCAUUGCUCUUUGGCGACUCUUAUUGGGCUGUGCUUAAGAGUAAAACUUCAGCGAUGUUUACCAUUUAAACAUAAGUUGGAAAUCUACAUUUCUGAAGGAACCCAUUCAACAGAAGAAGACAAAUCAGAGAUGUGAGAACCAAAAGGAACCCUUAAGAUUGGGCCUACCUUCCUUCCAAGGAGAGUCCUGGACCCCUUCAUAGAUAAGGAACAAAUGUGGAGAAGGCUAGAUGGCAUACACAGUUUUGAAGAUCAAGAAGUCCACCAAAGAAGUUUUGAUUAAACCAACCUAAAUGUAUGGUCUGCACUUUAUUUGUACUUCAUUUGGUUUGUUUUAGGGGUUAAUGGUUAUGUGACGUAUAGUAGCCUCGAACAUGGCCCCCAUGAUCCUCACUUGCUGGUAUUCAUGCCCUUGUAUAGUUUCCUUCCAUAUUGAAUUAGAGCUGAUGGGUGUGACUAAUACAGAAUAACAGAAGUGACAGUGGGUGACUUCUGAGGCUAGAUCAUAAAAGGUAUUGCUGUUUUCACCUUAGUCUGUUGGAUUGCUCAUUCUGUGGGAAUCCAGCUACUAUGUCAGAGAACUCAAACCACCCUGUGGAGAGUUCCACGUGGAGUGCAACUGAAGUCUCCCAGCAACAGCCAGCGCCAGUUUGCAAACCAUGUGAGUGAACUCCUGAGCCAGAACUGCCCAGCUCCCAAAGUCUGGACCUAAGCACUGUCUUGGGUGCCAAGGACACAAAGAUAAAUCAGCCAUUGUCUGUCCUGGAGUUCAUACUUAUCAACCUGUACCUUCAGCGUCUCUCUGCUCUAGGCAGUGAGUGAUUCAGGCUCAGUCUUAUCUAGUUCCUGAGCUAGCCCUGGCCAAGUAGAAGCAGAAGCCAGGCAGCAGGUCCAAAGACAAAACCGUGCCUUAGGGAGUGUCUGGUGAGGACGCUACUGACAUGCAACUCCAAGUGGAUUAUUGCUACAGGAGUCACCUGAGCUGCUGGUCCUGCUGCUCCUGGAAGCUAGAUGUGACUUCUGUUGUCUCUGCUACUGCCAGAAUGAUUUCUCAUUUUUGUGUGACUCACUCCAGCUUCCUAGUCCUGGGUGAGAUCUCUAGUCAGUUGAUCUCAAGUCACAUGUCCAUGUCCUGGCUGCCAAGGAGGUAGAAGAAAAGAAAAUCUGACCUUUGGUGUGGAGAGGUGGACUCUGUCCCCCUAGAAAGACUCACAUGGUGGGAAUUCUAUAGUAGAGUGACAGGGAUCAAAAAACUAAUGUCUAUUGCAUUAAUAGUCCAUCUUUGGCAAGGGUUAGGAAAUGUUUUUGGAAAAGGGCCACAUAGGCAAUAUUUUAGACUUUUUAAGCCAUAUGCUCUGUUGUAACUAUUCAACUCUGCCCUUGUAGCACAUAAGCAGCCGAUAGUCUGUGAACAAAUAAGUGUGAUUGCACUCCAAGAAAACUUUAUGGACACAAAUUUGAAUUUCAUAUAAUUUUCAUGUGCCAUGAAUUACUAUUUUCCUUUUGAUUUUUUCAACCGUUUAAAAAUAUAAAAACAAUAUUAGCUUGUGAGUUGUACAAAAUUCCAACAUUGGGCUGGAUUUGGCCUGUGUGCCAUUAGCAAACUCCUGAUUUACAAGAAUGAUUAUCCUUUCUGGAAAGUCAGACCAAUUGGAAAAUCACAUAAAAGAUGUGGAAUGGGCCCUGUCCAUAGGGGGAAAAAGGCACUCACAUGAAACUCUGCAUGUGACUCCAGGACAUUCACAGACUGCUAAGGAGCCAGUGGAUCCGGGUUAAUAACUCUGCUUUACAAGUAAUGCUAGCUGGUCACUGGGCUUCCCCCUCCUUUAAUAACCCCUCAGAGCCCUGCGGGUUCACAGCUUUGGCUGGGAGUGUAGGAGCAGAAAGGUGUGAUACCUUUCCUCACCCAUCAUAAAGGUCAUGACCAACACCCCCAUGACAAAAGACAGGAUAACAAGAGAAAAGCAUAACAAAUGUAGUCAAUCCAAGUUUUAUGUGACACAGCAGGCUUCAGAUAGGAAGAAUCCAAAGACCCAGGGAAAACUGCCUUGUUUUUCUGCUUACGUUUGAUGAAGAGUGGACAAUUGUGUAGAAAUGUGAUUGGACAAAAAGAGUGCGAUCUAAUGGUAAUGGACUAAGUGGGGAAACCCAGCAAGGCCUGUCUCUUCAGAUUCUUCUUGGCCUUUCUGUGUAGCAUUCCUCCCUCCUGGGUAUGGAGCAGUCUUAUGACCGACCCAUUGUUAGAUAAGGUAGGUCAGAGAAUUUCUUUAUGGCCAGCUCAUGCACAGAAAGGCGGGGGUAAUUUAGAGUAAUAUUUCUAGGUUUUAUGACUUGCUUUUUGUUGUCGUCAUUGU